GCCUCAGCCGGCGCUGAGGGAGAGGAAGGUCGGUUGCCAUCCUGGGCUAUGGCGACGGAGGGCUCAGGUCCCUCUCGGUCCAGCGCCACGGCUGCCUCCCUCAGCAGCAACUGCCGGUGAAGGAAAUAAGUGAAGUUGUUAAAAAUUAAUUUAGCCAGCCAUGGAGCUAGCUCACAGUUUAUUAUUAAAUGAAGAGGCUUUGGCUCAGAUCACAGAAGCAAAGCGACCAGUUUUCAUUUUUGAAUGGCUGAGGUUUCUUGACAAAGUCCUUGUAGCUGCUAACAAGACGGAUGUAAAAGAAAAACAAAAAAAGCUUGUUGAACAGUUAACUGGUCUUAUCAGCAGUUCUCCUGGGCCACCUACCCGGAAAUUACUUGCUAAAAAUCUUGCUGCUCUGUACAGCAUUGGAGACACCUUUACUGUAUUUCAGACUCUUGAUAAGUGCAACGACAUUAUCAAAAGUAAAGAUGAUACUUCUGCCUACUUACCAACCAAACUCACUGCAGUGGCAUGUGUUGGAGCCUUUUAUGAAAAGAUGGGGAGAAUGCUGGGCAGUUCUUUUCCAGAAACAGUUAACAAUCUAUUAAAAUCCUUGAAAAGUGCUGAGUCACAAGGCCGGAGUGAAAUAUUAAUGAGUUUACAAAAAGUCUUAAGCGGGCUGGGUGGUGCAGCAGCUUCUUGCCACCGUGAUAUUUACAAAAAUGCUAGAUCUCUCCUGACAGACAGAGCCAUGGCUGUUCGAUGUGCAGUAGCUAAGUGCUUACUGGAACUACAAAAUGAAGCUGUAUUUAUGUGGACAGCAGAACUAGAAAAUGUAGCCACUCUUUGUUUUAAGGCUCUGGAAAACUCAAAUUAUGGUGUACGAGUUGCAGUAUCCAAACUUUUGGGGACAGUUAUGGCUACAGCACUGAUACCAAAACAAGCAGCAGUGAUGCGGCAGAAUGUGAAGCGAGCUACACUGGAAGAAGUCUUGGAACUCAUGGCCACCGGUUUUCUGCGAGGGGGAUCUGGAUUCUUAAAAAGUGGUGGUGAAAUGUUAAAAGUUGGAGGAUCUGUCAACCGAGAAGUACGAGUUGGAGUUACUCAGGCCUAUGUUGUCUUUGUCACGACACUAGGAGGUCAGUGGCUGGAGCGAAAUUUUGCUACAUUCUUGUCUCAUGUACUGGAUCUGGUUUCUCACCCUCGUGCAACUCAGACUCAUGUAGAAGCUGUGUACUCUCGAAGAUGUGUCUCUUUUAUCCUCAGAGCAACUGUAGGCAGUUUAUUGGGAGAGAAAGCACAAAUUGCUGCAGCCAAAGAUAUUUGCCAGGCUAUUGGUAAACAGAUGAAAGCAGUAGAAGCUGUUGUAAAUGAUGCUAAUACUGAAAAUAAAUCAGGAGCAGCUGAUGUUUCUGCAAGUCAGCAUGUAAUGGUUUGCGCCCUUCAGGAGCUUGGGAGUCUCGUUCAGAGCCUGAAUGCAACUGCAUCACCUCUUAUUCAAGAACCUUCUAUAGGAUUGCUUGAGACUGUAACUUCAGUUCUUCUUCAUCCCAGUAUGGCUGCUCGACUUGCAGCUGCGUGGUGCUUGCGCUGUGUAGCUGUGGCCUUGCCUUUCCAGUUGACUCCUUUCUUAGACCGAUGUGCAGAAAGGCUCAACAACCUGAAGACAUCACCAGAAGCUGUUAGUGGUUACAGUUUUGCAAUGGCUGCUUUAUUGGGUGGAGUUCAUCAGUGUCCUUUAGGCAUUCCUCACGCGAAAGGAAAGAUGGUUGUUAGUAUUGCUGAGGAUCUCUUACGAACUGCGGCACAGAAUAGUAGAUUAUCCUUACAGCGAACUCAAGCUGGAUGGCUUUUGCUUGGUGCUUUAAUGACUCUAGGUCCUUCAGUUGUUCGUUACCAUCUUCCCAAGAUGUUGUUACUGUGGCGAAAUGUGUUUCCCCGUUCUCUAAAGGAGCUAGAAGCAGAGAAAGCUCGUGGAGAUUCUUUUACAUGGCAAGUAACGCUGGAAGGACGUGCAGGAGCUCUCUGUGCUAUGAGGAGUUUUGUUGCUCACUGUCCUGAGCUUCUAACGGAAGAUGUUAUUCGAAAACUGAUGACCCCUAUAGAAUGUGCUAUGACUAUGAUGUCUCACAUUCCCUCUGUAAUUAAGGCCCAUGGAGCUCAUCUGAAGGCUAGUGCAGCAAUGGUCCGAUUAAGGCUUUAUGACAUUUUGGCUUUGUUACCACCAAAAACAUAUGAAGGAUCAUUUAAUGCACUACUUCGGGAGCUAGUGGCAGAAUUUACUCUGACAGACAACUCUGCUAAUACUACUACCUCCUUACUGAGAUCACUUUGUCAUUAUGAUGACAGUGUUCUUCUUGGUUCCUGGCUACAAGAAACUGAUCAUAAAUCCAUUGAAGAUCAGCUCCAGCCAAACAGUGCUUCUGGAAGCGGUGCCCUAGAACAUGACCCAUCUUCCAUUUACUUGCGCAUCCCUGCUGGUGAAGCUGUGCCUGGUCCUCUUCCUUUGGGAGUAUCAGUCAUCGAUGCUUCGGUUGCUCUGUUUGGAGUAGUUUUCCCUCAUGUUUCCUACAAACACAGGCUACAGAUGUUGGAUCAUUUUGCAGAAUGUGUCAAGCAGGCCAAAGGUGUUCGUCAGCAAGCUGUGCAACUUAAUAUUUUUACUGCUGUUCUCAGUGCAUUAAAGGGCUUAGCUGAGAAUAAAAGUACGUUAGGACCAGAAGAAGUUCGCAAGUCUGCAUUGACAUUAGUUAUGGGAGCUCUUGACAAUCCUAAUCCCAUUCUAAGAUGUGCAGCAGGUGAAGCUCUUGGGAGAAUGGCACAGGUAGUUGGAGAAGCCACAUUCAUUGCCAGGAUGGCUCAGUAUAGCUUUGACAAGCUAAAAUCUGCUAGAGAUGUUGUAUCGAGAACAGGCCAUUCCUUGGCUCUUGGCUGUCUCCAUCGUUAUGUUGGAGGCAUUGGAUCUGGUCAACACUUGAAAACCAGUGUUAGUAUUCUCUUAGCACUGGCACAAGAUGGAACUUCUCCUGAGGUUCAGACAUGGUCACUCCACUCACUUGCUUUAAUAGUAGAUUCUAGUGGACCAAUGUAUCGUGGAUAUGUAGAGCCCACUCUGUCUUUGGUUCUCACCUUGCUUCUGACAGUGCCUCCAUCACACACAGAGGUUCAUCAGUGCUUGGGCCGAUGUUUAGGAGCUAUAAUAACAACAGUUGGUCCUGAGCUGCAAGGUAAUGGAGCCACUGUUUCUACAAUCCGCUCCUCGUGUCUGGUGGGAUGUGCAAUUACACAAGAUCAUUCAGACUCUCUGGUUCAGGCAGCUGCCAUUUCCUGCCUCCAGCAACUUCACAUGUUUGCACCACGACAUGUUAACCUUUCCAGUCUUGUUCCCAGUCUUUGCGUUCAUCUGUGCAGCUCCCACCUCCUACUGCGUCGGGCUGCAGUAGCAUGUCUGAGACAGCUUGCUCAGAGAGAAGCAGCAGAAGUAUGUGAAUAUGCCAUGAGCUUAGCUAAAACUUCUGGAGAAAAAGAAAGUAAUGGGAUGAACGUUAAUUCUUUUGCUCCAGGACCUGCAUUCCGAAGGGAUAUUCAUGGUCGACAUCAAGGAAUUAAUAUCACAGAGACUGGACUAGAGGGAGUUCUUUUUGGGAUGUUGGAUCGGGAAACAGAUCGGAAAUUGUGCUCUGAUAUUCAUGAUACUUUGGGACAUAUGCUUUCAUCUCUGGCAGUGGAAAAACUCUCUCACUGGCUACGGUUAUGCAAAGAUGUCCUUGCAGCAUCCAGUGAUAUGACUACUACAGUUCCAUUGGGAGGUGAAAAAGAUGAAGAUGCAGAAAAAAAGGAUGAAAUGGAUGAUGAUAUGAUGUUUACAACACUGGGUGAAGAAGACAAAUCAAAGCCUUCAGUGGCUCCUCGAUGGGCUACUCGAGUAUUUGCUGCUGAUUGCCUCUGUCGAAUUAUCAUUCUGUGUGAAAAUGCACACAAAGCCCACUUUGAUCUUGCUCUGGCCCGUUCAGCCAAACUCAGAAACCCCAAAAAUGACCUUCUAGUGCUUCACCUCUCAGAUCUUAUCCGCAUGGCUUUUAUGGCGGCAACUGACCAUAGCAACCAGUUGCGAAUGGCUGGUCUCCAAGCACUUGAAGACAUUAUCAAGAAAUUUGCAGCUGUUCCUGAACCUGAGUUCCCAGGCCAUGUGAUUCUAGAGCAGUAUCAGGCUAAUGUUGGAGCUGCUUUAAGGCCAGCUUUCUCACCGGAUACCCCUUCAGAUAUAACAGCAAAAGCUUGUCAGGUGUGUAGCACUUGGAUAGGAAGUGGCGUGGUAAGUGACCUGAACGAUCUUCGGCGUGUUCACAACCUUCUAGUCUCUUCUCUGGAUAAAGUACAAACAGGAAAGGGUUCUUCCAGCCAACUUUACAGGGAAAGUGCAACUACUAUGGAAAAACUGGCCGUACUCAAAGCAUGGGCUGAGGUGUAUGUUGUGGCUAUGAAGAUUAAAAAAGAAGCAGAGACUAAACCAAAGAAAGCCAUGAAGAAUGGGGGUGAUGAUGACGACGAUGACUAUGGCACAGCUGAUGAGCUGCCACCAGACAGUUUAAUAACCCUUGUGCAACCAGAGCUCCCUGCUCUUAGUCGCCUGUGGUUGGCUGCACUUAAAGACUAUGCUCUUUUGACUUUACCAGCAGAAUUUGCAAGUCAGCUUCCUCCAGAUGGUGGAGCAUUCUACACUCCAGAGACAAUUGAUACAGCUAGACUGCAUUACCGCAAUUCAUGGGCUCCAAUUCUACAUGCUGUUGCGCUGUGGUUAAACAGUGCAGGAUUUAAUGCUUCUGAAACUACAGAAGAUGCAUCAGCAGGAAUAACUAAUCCACAAAAUCAUGCCACAUCCAUUAUGUUAAACCCAGCACCUGGAACACCACCUUCCACCAAACCUUUGCAAGAAAUAAACAAGGAUAGAAUGCACUUGAUUUUGGGUGUUAGUAUACAGUUCCUCUGUUCUCCUCGACCAGAAGAGCCUGUUGAACAUGUUACAUCCUGUUUAGAAGCACUGCAUACUUUACUGGAUUCCGCUUGUGCUAGAACCCAUAUUGCAGAGGAUCAGCUGCUUGGUGUUGAACUUCUCAGUGUGCUUCAUCGACUCCUGUUGACCUGCAAUCCUCCUUCAGUCCAGCUACUAGUGACAGGUGUGGUGCAGCAGAUUAUAAGGGCAGCUCAGGACCAUUUGCAAGAAAAAAGAAACACACUGAAUGAAGAAGAUGUAAAGGAAAAAGACAUUAACACCAUAGUGGGUGAAGGAGGAGAAAGUGGGGGUCUUGUACCUGGCAAAUCUCUUGUAUUUGCUGCCAUGGAGCUGCUGAUGUUUAUCUUAGUGCGACACAUGCCACAUCUGAGCACAAAAAUGUCAGACUCUCCAAGUCAUCUCUCUAGCAGAACCCAGCUCCCAGAAGAAAGUGCUCGCCUUGUGGCUGCCACUGUUUCCAUUCUGUCUGAUCUGCCUACUCUCUGCUCCCCUGCUGGAUGCAUGACUAUAUUGCCCACAAUCUUAUUUCUGGUAACACAAGUGUUGAAAGAUACUGCUGUAAAAACAGUAGGAAAUCAGGUUCCUUUGCCAGUCACUGCAGCACUUCAAGGACUGAAAAAUAUUGUUACUCUUCCAAUGGGUGUAAAUGGAGAAAUUCACAAACAGUGGACAAAUCUUAUCCGCAGCACUCUGGCUUCCAUCUUAGAUUACUCUCAGCCAGAGGCUUCAAAGCCUAUUUUAGAUGAAGUAAGCAUACUUACAGCUGUUGCACUAUUCCUUUGGUCUGCAAGCACAGAAAUAAUUGGAGUGCAGUCAUUACAGAAUGGCUGCAUGAACAGAUUCAAAACAGCACUGAAUUCUCCUGAUCCUUGGGUUCAGGCCAAAUGCUACCAGCUUCUACUUUCUGUAUUUCAACACAACAACCGUGCCCUCUCAACCCCAUAUAUCCAUUCAUUGGCACCGAUAAUGGUUGAGAAACUGAAGAGUGUAGAGAAGAACCGCCCAAACAACAAAACAGAACUUCUAGCAAUCCAGGAGGGAAUUAAAGCCCUUGAAACACUUGUUGCUCUUGGUGAAGAACAAAACAGAGUCCACUUGCUUGCUCUUCUUGUUCCCACCCUCAUAUCAUAUUUAUUGAAUGAAAGUGCUUUCUCUUCUGCAUCUGUGGUAUCCAAAGAACUGCAUGAGUUUGCCCUCCAAGAUCUAACCCGCAUUGGACCUCUCUAUCCUCAUGCAUUCAAGACAGUAAUGGGAGCAGCCCCUGAAUUGAAAACACGGCUGGAAACUGCAGUGCGUGCAAGUCAGGCAAGCAAAGCAAAGGCAGCUGCCAGGCAACCACCACCCACAGUACAUUCCACUCCAACAAUUAAACUCAAAACUAGCUUUUUCUGAUUUAUUCCUGUCGGAACCAAUCAUAAAAUUGAUCACCAAGCAAUGCAUCAUUCCUUUUGUAUUGCUUAUAGCACUCUGUAUUUUUCCUUGUUUGUCAUAACUGUCCACUAGAGGUUAUGUGUUACAUGAUUUGAAAUCUGUGCAUUAGAAGAGAUAUAAUAUUAUCUGUAUGUACAUACUUUUUAUGAAAUAGAAUAAGUUUGAUCAUGCAUAUGAGUCUGUGUUAAACUAUCACCUGUGAUAAAGUGUUUUGUGUGGCACUUGUCUUUAUUUUUAGAAUGUUGAUGUGCUCAAGUGAAGUGUAUUAUUUUAGAAGCUUGCUGAUUAGGUAAGGUUGCUGACAUGUUGCAGGGGGAGUAGAAAAUCAGUGUUAAUUGCCAUUCUCACUGAAAAUCUCAGGUGGCUUAAUGCAUUUUUUGUACUGACAAAACAGUAACUGCAAUUGUAUCAAUAUCGUACCUCCUGUAGUAUUUUUAAAAAGAGUAGGUGACAGCCAUUUAGCUAUAUUAAUAAACUGCAACAAACCUGACAGGUUGAGAUUCUAGGUAAAUGGAGACAUUUCUCUCCUCUGUUGGAUAAGACAGACCCCUUGGCUAUAUCUGGAACAUAUCAUUUAUUCCACUGAAUCACUGUGCAUGAGUUCACCCUCUGGUUAAGUAAAUAUCUGUAUUCCAAUCUCAAGGAAUAGGAUCUAGGAAGGCUUGAGCCUUAAUACUGCUGUAGAUAUUAAGCAACCAAAUAACAUUUUGUUUUCAUGCCAAUACAUUUUCUCUGCUGAGACCAGAAGGGUUUGUUAUAUUAUGCUGACUUGAGAUUUGCCCUUCAGAAGGUAUUGUCCUGAUUUAGUGUAAAAUCCUUGUGCCUGAAAGUGAAAUGAAAUCCAGAACUGUACUUCUUACACAAUCUCUUACACAUUGGGGCGAAACAGUCACGUGGAAGGGGUGGCUUGAAGCCUCCCUUUCUAAAGACAAAUUGGGGCAGCAGUGAACACAUGCUGCAGCCCCAAUCUGUUUUGCUUUCGACCAGAGAAAAAGUGGCUUUUCCUACUCCCGCCACAGCUUCAAGUCACUCCAGCAGUGUGCAGUGUAUAAAUGCCAUGUUCCUAGAGUGCCUUGAAGCCGCUCACAUUUGGGUGGCCGCUCAACAUCCAACAUGGCUUGAAAGGGCCGCCUGUUCUGGCCCAUUGUUUGAUUGGAUCUUCUGUAGUAGUUCAUUGGAUGGUGCAGCUGCCACACUUUCUUUUAUUUCAUUUCUGGGUCCAACCCAGUAUAUUUAGGGUACAGUUGUGGCUGUGAUCAGUCAGUGUUUUCUCUAGAGCUGGUAAAAUUCUUUAAAAAAAAAAUAUUUGACAAUGUUACAGCAUAACACUCUAAUAUUAGAGCUGGUGAAAUUCUUAAGACUGUUCAUAAGAAAAAAAAAACACCAAAUCAAGCACUACUUCCUAUAUUGUUCACAUUUAGGCCAACUCUAAUUCUCAUAUGAGUAUUUCUGCACAAUGUUAUCAUCUAGUGAUAGCAGGAAGGAUAAUUCCAUCCAUCUAUCAGAAUUUUGCUAAACGUUUACAUAUUCCCUCUCAACCUGGUCUGUUAAGACUGCUGACUAUGGUAGUGCAUGGAGGGGAAAACUGCAGUCUGAGACACCUCCUCCCCUUUCCAUUUUAUCAGUUACUAGCUUAUUUCACAACUAACGGUAGGGGUAUUUCAGUCAUAUCUUCCAUUUUAAACAACAGUUCUUCUUAAACAAUCUCAUGUAGUACAGUGCUAGGGUAUUCUCCCACUCCACCCCCCCAAUACUCCAGGGACUGGUACCAUAUUUGUGCUCAUUGGCUAUGACUUUUCUUUCCUGGUAAUCCACCUCACACCAGCACUGCUCCAUAGACUACCACUUUGAAUAACACUAUUGUAUAAGACACAUUAGCAAUUAGAAGAGAAUGUCAUUUGUACUAGUUAAGUAGAUACCCUUGGAUAAUGAAAUAAAUAUUUUGUGUCUUCAGUCGUUUAAAGAAAAGGACAAGGAACUACAACAGCUUCAUUGGUUAUCAGGCUCUACUGUUUCACAAAGGAACCUUGCUUUCCUUUGAUAAAAUUAGAACAGAACCUUUAAGUGAAGGGUCUCUGUACAUAUAUUCAUUGAGUAUCAACACUAAGCCUGUUGUCCAAGCUUUGUACAACUUCCAUUGGAUCCAAACAGAGACCUUUUCACACUACUAGUUGAGGACUGUCUGGUUUGCAGUCUUUACACAAGUUCACCUCUCUAGUUAAAGAAUUUACUGAAGGGCAAGGCUGUUUUAUAGCCAUAAAUUCCUGAACUGUUUGCAAUGAAAAUAUGGGGGUUGUUGAAUUAUUUUAAAAAUUGAACAAGUUUUUUAAUGGACAAAUUUAUAAUACAAACUUUAAAUUACUUCUCAGUUCCUGAUUAUUUAAAAAAAAGUUCCCCCAACUGGCUGACUGAAUGAUCUAUUAUUGUACUUUAAAGAUGUUAAAGCUGGAGUAUGUAAAUUUGAACUUUGUGGUCUACAAAGAUGGCAAAUACCAUUGACAUGAGAAGAGUCUGUAACUUGAAUAUAUGCUUGAAUAUAUAGAUAGGAGUACAUCCAGCCUUAGCAAAAUACAUGUAGGACAUAGGGGACUGGAUCUGAUUGUAACAGCAACACCUAAUGCCAAAAUACUUAACUGGAAGGAGAGGUUUGUGACGGUGCUGUGUGUAGGCCUGUGUCCGUUGCCUUUCACUGUCUCUGGCAUAUAUCUUUGUUCCAUUCCUUCUGCAUAUAGGAACAUUUCAAAUCUCCAGGCACUAUCCUUAUGUCUAUGAACAUUCCAUCCUCAUCCUACCUACUAAAGUUCCAGUAUCAGUAUUUUUACACCUAUACACCUAAGUGAGCUUCAUGGCUCAGUAGGUGCUUGAACUUGGAUUUCCUAAAUCUCACUUUUUUGUAACACUACAAAACAGAGAGACAACAAAAACACUUGUUUUUAAUGGUGGAAGUGCCCAUAAUAAGGAAUUCAAUUUUUGUUUAUUGUUAAGCUAUGAUAUUUCAGUCUACUAAUCCCAGUUUUCUACUACCCCAAAAGUUGCAAGUAGAUUACCAGUAGACAUUUGCUUAGGGUAUGUGUGCUGACACAAUACUGGCUGCACCUCAUUGUUCAACAUGUUGGUAUGUUACAAAUCUGUACCUAGCGUGAACAUCCUUCAUCUAGGAUUAGAGUUUUGUAGACAAAAUGUUGUUUGAAACAGGAUGUGGCAUCUCAUUAUUUAGAGUGAUUAGAUUUUUACAAAUGGAUUGUGAUGAGCUCCAAAUGGGUCUUUCUAGACAGGAACAAUGGCAUUAAAAUGAUAAGCAAAAUUCAAUUUAAUCACAGUGAUGCACACAAGUGUGUGCAUAAAUAUCUCCAUUUAAUAUAUAUGCAUAAUUGGGGUCUGAGCUGACGAUAGCUGACCAAGAAAGGAAACUGGAAUGAUUGUGGACACUUCAAUAAAAAAUGUUAACCCA